AUGUCGACGUUCGAGCUCGUUCUCCGGGUACUCACGACCGCCACCGCCAUCCUCGUGAGUAUCGCGCCUCUCCCCGAUUUCUGGCGCAUCCACAAGAGCCGCACGACGGGCGAAGUCUCCAUCCUCCCGGUGGUCAUGCUCUUCUCCAACUGCUGCGCGUGGGUCAUCUACUCGUACGUGGUGAACAACAUCUUCCCGCUCUUCGCGGUGACCCUGUUCGGCAUCGCGACGUCGAUUGUCUUCAUCUCCAUUUACUACCGCUGGACCAAGGACCGACUGCACGUCGUCAAGCUCUGCGCUAUUGCUUUGGCGCUGCUGGCGGCCUACACACUCUACUACAUCCUGGCGGCGAACGGCGUCACAAACCAGUCGGACGCUGCCAUCGAAAAGACCCUCGGCUUCAUCGCCAUCGCGUUCAACCUGGUGCUCUACGCCUCGCCCCUCGAGACCAUGAAGAAGGUGGUGCAGACCAAGAACGCGUCGUCGAUGCCCAUUUCCAUGAGCUCCAUCUUCCUGGUGAACGCCGUGCUGUGGGUCGUGUUCGCCGCGGCAACGGGCGACAUGUUCGUGCUGGUCCCCAAUACCAUCGGAACCUUCCUCUGC